GGAUUUUACUGCCGUACCCGUCAGAUAAUCUGGUUCUGGACGUGGUCCUGCUGCUGCUCUUCCUCGCUCUGGAGACUCUCCGGAUCUUUUACGGUUGGAAGGGGAACCUGUGUGAGCGCUCUCUGGCGUCGUGUGCGUCGCUCUUCAUCCUGCUGCCCUGCGCCGCGCUGGCUGUUUACUACCUGCUGCUGCAGACCUUCGUCCUGCGGCUGGAGUUCAUCCUCAGCGCCGUCCUGCUCUUCUUCUACAGCCUCGAGUUCCUGCUCGGACUCCUCUCCAUAUCCUCCUUCUCCAGGUCCAAAGUUUACUGAAGCAGAAACAUCCGACUUCACCUGAAACAGAACGCAGCUUGUACAUACAUUUUAUAUUUUCAUAUUAAAGUGAGUCUGU